AUGAAGUCAAUCAAUAUUGUAUCAUUAUUUCUUGUUAUUAGUAUUCUCUAUACUGAAGGUUUUCUUCAAAAAAAAAAGGAUGGUACAUCUGCACAAACUAAAGCACCUAAGAAAGAAAAAUGUAUGAUUGUUAAGGGUAAAGGAAAAAAUCUCAUUGGCGAUAUUAUUCAUAUACAUAAAGAGUUUGCUCCAACAUUAAAAACUAUUGAUAAUAUUGCUAAGCAAUGCAAUAUUAAAUUAUCUAUUAGAGGUUCUUAUGAACCAGUACAAGAUCCAUCAAAAGCAUUAAGAUUUACUGCAGCUAAUGUUGGUAAACAACUUAAAUUUAUUAUUAUGGAUAAGACUGGAAAAAAAUUAAUUUGUAAUGAUAUGUGUCUUGCUAAGGAAGGUGAAAAAGUUCCAGAAGUUAAAUGUCUCGCUACUAAUUUACGUAAAGAAAAUUUAAUUUAUGCACCUCGUGGUGAAGCAGGUACACUUAAUGAUGGGUCUGAUACAAAAGUUGGCUUUACUGAUACUGCUCGAAGUAUUCAAGAAGCAUGUAAAGGUGUGAAACUUUAA